AUGUCCGACUUUUCGCAGGAGGAAAAAGUGGCCAUCGCAGCCGUGAAGCGGGCGUCCAUCUUGACAUCAUCGGUGUUCGAAAAGCUGGUCAAGAACGAGACCCUCGUCAAGGGAGAUAAAUCCCCAGUAACAGUCGGCGAUUUCGCAGCCCAAGCAGUGAUCAGCACGAUCCUGCACAAUGCAUUUCCCAAUGACCCCAUCGUCGGUGAAGAAGACGCUUCAGAUCUCCGUGUGGAGAGCGGAAAGGCCAUGAAGGACCGAAUUGUGGCUCUCGCAAAUGAAGCCUUGACCGCACCCCUCACUCAAGGCGAAGACCCUGCAUGGGGCGUCGGACCUGGAAAAGAGCGUACCGCAGACCAGAUUCUCGAGGCGAUCGACAGAGGCAACUAUCCCGGCGGAAGCACUGGACGAAUGUGGACCAUCGACCCCAUUGAUGGCACCAAAGGUUUCCUCCGCGGCGAACAGUACGCAGUCUGCGUCUCCCUAAUCGUCGAUGCCAAAGUCCAAGUUGGCGUCAUCGGCUGCCCCAACCUCCCCGUCGAUCCUGCCGAACCCUCAAAAGGCGUAGGCUGCAUCUUCACAGCCGUCCGAGGCAAGGGUGCUCGACAGAUCGCGUUCUCGUCAUCAUCACCCGGUGCCGAUGGAGCAACCAUCUCCCUCAGCAUUCCUCAAACCCUCGAACUCAAAGACUUGAGCUUCUUGGAGAGUGUAGAAGCAGCUCACUCGUCCCAUUCCUUCAAUGAUAGGGUUGCCGCCAUUUUGAACGUCCAGCAGCCUCCUACCCGGAUGGACAGCCAAGCCAAAUACGCGUGCCUUGCUCGAGGCCAAGGCGGAGCCUACCUCCGUAUGCCAACUGGUGUUGGGUACAAGGAAAAGAUCUGGGAUCAUGCACCUGGUGAAAUCUUGGUCACGGAAGCUGGCGGUAUCGUCACAGACUCUCGCGGGGAGCCUCUCAACUUUGGCCUGGGACGAACCCUCGGAGAGAACUAUGGAGUUAUCGCAGCUGCCAAAACGAUCCACGGGGAGAUUUUGGCUGCGGUUCAAAAGGCCCAAAACGAGGCCAAGGCAAAGGUGUAA